AUGACUCAAUCGUCGGAGCCAGCAUAUCUGGAAGUUGCACGGCGCAAACAAGCUCAGCUGGACUCUGGCAUCCCCACGGAAUGGAGACUCCCAGCUGGUCUGAUUCCCGCCGGCAUGCUUUCUCCGCCAAUAGCCGUCACACGUAGCCAAGCAUACCCGAGAGAGAAUGUGAUGGAUAUUCCACGAAGGUCAGGCCUGUUGACCCCAAACGAGCUCAGCAUCACCGAGGAUUGGGACGUCCGGGGUCUUUUGGCCCAGAUGCGCCAGGGAACGCUAAGCGCGGAGGACGUCGUGAGGGCAUUUUCCAAGCGAGCGGCCAUUGCGCACCAAGUUACACGCUGUUUGACCGAGCCCCUAUUUCCAAGCGCCAUACAACGGGCCCAACAACUGGACAGCAUUCUCCAGCGCACAGGGAAGCCCGUCGGCCCUCUCCACGGACUUCCCGUCUCCGUCAAGGACUGUUUCCGAAUUAAGGGUGUCGACUCAUGCAUCGGCCUGACCGCGCUGGCGUUCAAACCUUCAACCUUUCAUGCGCGGCUGGUCAAAAUGCUACUCUCACUAGGCGCAGUGAUCAUUGCCAAGACGAAUGUAUCGCAAGGCAUGGCGGCCCCAGACAGCUACAACCACGUCUUCGGCCGCACCUUGAACCCGCUCAACCACCAGCUUACAGUGGGCGGCAGCUCCGGUGGCGAGGCAGCCCUCGUCGCGAUGCGCGGGUCCAUGGUUGGGUUUGGUACUGAUAUCGGAGGCAGUAUCCGCGUGCCUGCGAUGUGCACCGGCCUGUACGGAUUCAAACCGAGUGUCGGCCGGAUUCCAUUCGGUGGGGUGGUGACCGGUCAGCCACCGGGCCUCGGUCGGGUUUCGCUCCAGGGCGUUGCCGGACCUCUGGCGCGGUCAGUGGCAGAUUUGGGGACCGUCCUGGCAGAGAUUGUACCCAUAGCGGAGCGGUUUGGCGAGGAUUGCAUCCCCAGCCGGUGGGAGAGCGAGUCUCCGGUGUCGGAUAGGCAGACACGAGAGUUUACCGUCGGGGUACUGAGAACGGACAGUCUAGUCACGCCUCUUCCUCCCAUUGCUCGAGUCUUGGACGAAGUGGCCGAUUCUCUCCGUCGUACUCCUGGUGUCCGGGUAGUUGACGUCCCAGUGCCACCAGCCUUGAGGAAAUGUCAGGGGAUCGCAGGGCGGCUGAUGGGCGCUGACGGUGGGGGGAGCCUGCUGGAUCUCCUUCAGAGCACCUCGGAGCCACUGAUCCCGUGGCUACAGGAGAGAAUGAAACGGAGGGAGGCAUUGACCCUGGAGCAGCUGGCCCAAUUACAAGAGCAGAGAUCUGAUAUUGAGAAGGAGUUACUCGGGAUGUGGGCAGUGGAUGGGGAUUGCACGAACCGGAUCGAUGCAAUUAUUACUCCCGUCGCCCCUCAUCCUGUGCCCGAGAUUGAUCGGUUCAAUGCCAUCGGCUACACGGCCAGUUUUGUUCUUCUGGACUACCCAGCUGGGACGAUCCCGGUUCGCAAUCUCACGGAAUCUGAUCUCGACAGCGGCAAUGGUAUGGAUUCGCCGGAACUGGGAAGCUGGGAUAGAGUAAACCGCGAUCUGUGGCAGGCAAAACCUGUCGACCGCCGCGUAUAUCUGGACUCGCCUUUGAGCAUCCAGGUGGUCACGCCGAAACAACAUGACUAUGAACUAUUCCAAGCCAUGGAAAUCAUCGAUCAAGCCAUACGAUCGCAAAAAGGACCGACGUGGUCAAAUUCCAGAUCAUAA